AUGGCCUCUCUCGCCCAUACUUCGCGUACGCUGAUGCGUUCCCUCCCACGUAGCACCCCCCUCGCCACCCGCGCCCUGUCCAUCUCUGCCGCAAAGGCCCAAGGAACAAGCAGCUUCGACUCGCCGUUCAAGGGUCAGGGAGGCAAUGCUAGCAGCAAGAUCCCCGACUUCAGCAACUACAGGAGUAAAUCGGGCUCGAAUCCAAACCUGCUGAUCCAGUACUUCAUGGUCGGCACCAUGGGGGCCCUGACGGCGGCUGGCGCGAAGGCUACCGUGCAAGAUUUUCUGGUCAACAUGUCUGCUUCUGCGGAUGUUUUGGCUAUGGCCAAGGUCGAGGUCGACCUUGCUGCCAUUCCUGAAGGCAAGAACGUUAUUGUUAAAUGGCGUGGAAAGCCCGUUUUCAUUCGCCACAGAACUGCAGAUGAGAUCAAAGAUGCUGAGAACGUCAAGGUAGAGUCGUUGCGGGAUCCCCAGAAGGACGAAGACCGCGUUAAGAAGCCCGAAUGGUUGGUUAUGGUUGGUGUCUGCACACACUUGGGAUGUGUACCCAUCGGCGAGGCCGGUGAUUACGGAGGAUGGUUCUGCCCUUGCCACGGAUCCCACUACGAUAUUUCCGGACGUAUUCGCAGAGGGCCGGCGCCUCUCAAUCUUGAGAUCCCAGAGUACGACUUUGCCGAAGAAACGUCGCUCGUUAUUGGUUAA